AUGUCGCUGGCUCCAUUCAACCCCGCCUUACUGUGCCUGGCGCUGGUCCUGCUACUGUGCCCUGCGGGCGCGCCGGUGGAGGGCGCGCGCAUGUUAGUGGCGUUGCCGCUACGUGCAGUCAGCCACUUCUGGCUGCUGCAGCCGCUGUUGCGCGCGCUGGCCGCCAGGGGUCACCAGCUCACCGUCAUCUCACAUUUCCCACAGCAGUCGCCACUGCCCAACUACACCGACGUCAGCCUCAAUCGCGGCGACUACCAAGGCCAAGUUCCACCGCCUUACCUGCCGGUGCAGGAGUCCCCCCUGGUGUCCGGGGUGCGGGACUGGACUAACCUGUGCUCCCUGACGGCCGACUACGCCUCCCCCGCGGUGCGCCGGCUGCUCGCCUCGGCCGCCCAGUUCGACCUGCUGCUGGUCGAGGUCUUCUCCGGGGACUGCAUGGCCGGCCUCGGCCGCCGCUUCCGCGCCCCGCUGGUCGCCACGCCUCCUGCGUCGCCCCGCCAUGGGCCCGCGACAGGCACCCCUGACCAUCCAGCCUACGUGGAGAACUUCUUCCUGCCGCUGGUGGCACCACUGGGUUUCUGGGAGAGGACGGCCAACACGGCGUUCUACCUGCUGGCGAGACUGUCCAACUGGUGGCUGUCGGAGCGGGUGAUCGACGCCGUGGAGCGGGCUGCGCUGGGCAGCGGGGCGCCGCCCACCAGCCAGCUGGUCCACAGCACCAGCCUGCUGCUGCUCAACAGCCACUCCAGCGUCAACCAGCCCGUGACGCUCUCGCCUGGCGUGGUCGAGGUUGGGGGUCUCCACAUACAAGAGGCUAAGCCCCUGCCAAAGGAGCUGCAGCAGUUCUUCGACUCGAGCGAUCGCGGCGUGGUGUACUUCAGCAUGGGCACGCUGCUGCGCGUGGACAGCCUGCCCGGGGAGCAGCUGCGCGGAAUACUGCGGGCGUUCGCGUCGCUGCCGCAGCAGGUGCUCUGGAGGGCCGACCACGCGCUGCUGCCGCCGCUGCCGCCCAACGUGCGCACUUCCGACUGGCUGCCGCAGACCGACGUCCUCCACCACCCCAAGACGGUGGCGUUCAUCACGCACGGCGGGCAUCUGGGCCUGCAGGAGGCGGCACAACGCCGCCGCCGUGAGCCGCCGCGGCGUCGCCCUCACCCUGACCGUGGGCCAGCUGACGGAGCACAGCCUGCGCGACGCUCUGGACAGCCUCAUCAACGACACCAGGUGAGCACGCGUGACGGGCUGCAGGUUUCUACCAAACCCGACCACGUGACACGUGACAGGGCACAAUGUGCGUGA